CUUUUGUAUAUCCGGUGGCGUUUUGGUCUUGGCAUUCUCGCCAUUUUGGGUCAUUCUUGUAAAGCAGAAUAUCUUGCGUAAUUAUUGGAAUUUAUUAGAAGAUGAGCUGAGAUUCAGCAGUGUCAAAAAUGGUAGAUGCAGAGACCCAGACGUAUACCUCUCUGUCAGAGGAUGCCCAUUAUAUGGUGCAGAAGGCUGUAGAGAAAGGAAAUGACAUCUUCUACGUUAGUAAUAAUCUGAAUACAAAAGAAACAACCUACUUUGGGACAGAUCUGGGCAAGAAAUUCCUGGAUAGUAAACGGGAACUGCUUUUGGAGUUCUACAAGUUCUGUGUUGAGACCUAUUCAUCAGAAUCUGGUACAGUUGCAGUAAUAACUACAGACAGCUCAGAAGAGCCCACAACAUCAAAAAUACAAGAAGAUGAAUCACAGGAGGAGGAGGAGAUAUAUGACGAUGAUCGCGACGAAGAUUGGAAGGCUGAUGAUAAACCCGCUGGCACUCCAAGUAGAAUAAAACACACGACCAGGCGCACCCCAAAGGUAGAACAGGACGAAAAGACUGGAGUUAAGUGUGAUAAAUGUGACCAAAUCUUUAAGACAGAUGAGUAUUUGAAGCAGCACAUGCAGAUUCAUGAGAGAAUCAACUACCAUUGUCCAGACUGCGACAGGCCUUUCAGCGUGAAGCGAUACAUUUACAACCACAUGAAAACCAUGCACGGGAAGGAUUACAACGCUUCCAUCCAAAUCAAGAUGACUCCCUAUGUACCGUCGGACUGCCCGGAAUGUAAAGAGACAUUUCCUUCCACGGAGAUGUUGGAGAUACACAUGAAAAGAGAACAUCAAUCAGGCAAGCCGGCAAAGUCUAAAACACCUAAAGUCAUCCCAUUUAGAACAUCCAAGAGAAUUAGAAGAGCAACUGAGAAAGCGAAGAGCAGUCAAGAUAAUUCAGAAAGUAAAGAAGAAAAUGAGGAAGCAGAGGAGGAAGGAGGAAAAGCCCCUGUUGAGAAGAAGGUCAAUGAAACAGAUACUCAGGAGUACGCCUUCGUCUGUCGAGUCUGUCAGAAGGGAUUCAACCUCAGGCGAUCUAUAGGAGUUCACAUGAGAAAAUCCCAUAACAUGGCUUAUCACGAGGAAGACAAUGAGAUAGAAAAAGAGGAGGUUAAAGAUGUAGAAGAACCUGUUGUGGCUACCCCAGUUAAGGAAAAAGAGUCGCCGGAGGAAGCAGAAGGAGAUGUGAUUACCACAAGGUCUGGAAGAAAGUCAAAGAAAAGUAGCAGACUUCUAGAGAGUGAAAGUCCAAGCAAAGGAUCAGAGAGUCCCAAGAAAUUUACUUCUGACAAGUCCCCGGUGAAAGGAAAAGCAAUAAAAAGAGAUUCCAAACCAGUAUCGGAGGAAGAUGGUAACAAGGAAAACCUAUCAGAUCAAACGGAUGAUGGUGUGAAAGAGGUGGAAGAAGAUAAUGCUGAUAAAGAGAAUACUGGGGAGGAAGAGAUGGAGGAAGAUGGUGUUGAAAAAUUGAAGGAAGAAGAGGAAGAAAUUCAUGAAUCUGAUGAAGAAUACAACCCUGUGAUGGAGGAUGAAGAAGAGUUCAAACCAAAGCCUACCAGAAGCUCCAUAAGAGGAACACGUGGUACAAAAAGGAAGCCUGUCUUUGAUGAAGGUAUUGAGAUAAAUGGAGUCAUGUUGACCACCCCCGGCAGAAAAAAGAGAAAGGAUGGCACUGUCAACAUUCCACAACAGAGAAUAACUAACCAGAAUUUGCUAGAGGGUCGCUGUGAAGAGACAAUUGUGGACAAUAAGGUUUGGUACAAAUGCCUUCUAUGUAGCAAGACUAUGAGAAUGCGUACUGCAAUUAUCAAGCACUUGAAGACUCAUGAUGAAAUGCUGGAGGGAGCGUAUCAAUGUUACAUCUGCGACGUUCGCUUCUCUACCAACUUCAAGCUAGGAAAUCAUUUGAGAGACCUUCAUAAAAAGUUGAAUGCUUUUGAAUGUGAGAAAUGUAAACUCAAGUUCAGUGGUCGCAAGGCAUUUAUAGAACAUGAGGCAAUUUGUAAUGUUGAUCCAGACAGUGUUGCCCCAAAUCCACCAAGUGAAGAGGAAUUGAAAAUUCAGACAACAUGCAUCUUUUGCAAGGAACAAUUUCAGUCAAGGGAAGAGUUGCAAGAGCAUGAAAACUCGCAUAUGUCUGAGAGUGGUGCCUUUCUUUGUCCACACUGUGAAUUGUCCUUUUUGGAAAAAAGCUUUUGUAAGCUCCACAUCUUGACCAUUCAUAGCCCAGAUGAGAACUUGGUGGAAGAGAAGGAUGUCAAUCCGUUUCAAUGUCGCUUGUGUUUGAAAAUCCUCAACACCCAAGAGACAUAUGAUUCCCACAUGAAGAUCCACGACGACGAUUCCUUGAUCUGCAAAAUCUGCAACAAACGCUUCAAUUACCCUUACACUCUGAGAAAUCACCACAUGCUGCACCACUCGGAGGAGUAUGCCUUCAAGUGUCCUCACUGUCCGCAGCAGUUCAAGCUGAAGCGUUACCUGACCAAACACAUCACCGACAAACACGAAGAGGCUGCCACACCAAAGGAGAAAGUGGACACCAAAACCUGUAAAAUUUGUGACGAGCCGUAUGUGUCCAAAUUUGACCUCUUGGAGCACAUGAAGGAAAAUCACGAGCAUGUUAUCAACACCAACCGUAAAGCCACAGAUGAUCCAGAGAAGUUUGGCUGUGCCCGCUGCCACAAGGUGUACAACACUGUCGAUGACUUCAUCAUCCAUGUGUCCAAUCACAGACCCAAGAAGAAACUGGUGUGUGACUUUUGUGGGAACACGUUCAACACCAAGUCAAACCUUAAUACCCAUGUGAGAUUGAAGCACAGCACAGUGCGUCCAUUUGAAUGCAACAUCUGCAACAAGAAGUAUGCUUUGCGCACCCUGCUGAACCAGCAUGUCCGCUUCCAGCACUGCAACGAGAGACCCGUCUCCUGCAACAUCUGUGGGAAGGGAUUCCGAACCAAGAGUCAGCUCCAGAAACACAGCUACUCUCAUCGGGAGAACACCAUUGACUGCGAGGCGUGCGAACACAAGAGCUGGACAAUGGAGGGAUACAAAAUCCAUUUGGUGGCCACUCAUCCAGAGCUGGCAAUGGAGAAGAAGAUUCACCACUACACUUGUCAGUACUGUAAUAGAAAAUUUGCUGUACUUCACCAGUACAAACGUCACCUGGCUAUCCACACAGGUCAAAAGCCUCACAAAUGCAAUCAUUGUGACUAUGCCUGCUCAAGCCUGGGAACUCUGAACAGCCACAUAAAGAGAGUCCAUAACCCUUCCAGUCGAAUCUUCCAGUGCAACUUCUGCUUCAUGACCUUCGCCGAGGCUGGAAAAAUGUACCGACACAUGGACACCACGAAGCACAUUGAGAACUGCCGCCGCAACGGUGUGGACCCACACACCAUCAGAGAGGAUGUUUCCUACCUCAUAAAGAACAAAGAAAACACCACCUCCAGGCGGGGCUACAACAUGGGACAGGCCAUGAAGAAGAUGAGACCAACGGAGAUCAUCAUAGAAAAUGUAGAUCAGAUGGAGCCCGAGGUUCAGGUGGAGGCAGUCGUGGAAGAUCCAGGGGAGUAUUCUCAGGAAGAGCUGAAGAUUGAGGUCCCCAUGGCAACCUCAGAAGAGGAGGUGACAGAGGUCAUUCAGGAGGUCCAGGAAGUGCAGGAAGAAGAGGUCCAGGAAGGGGAACAGCAGAUCGAGAUCAACAGCGAGGUCCUGCAACAGAUUCUUGAAGGAGCUGCUCUGGGUGCGGGCCAGGACCAACUGCCACAGAACAUUGAGAUCAAGACACAGCUGGAUGAGGAUGGUAUGCAGUGCUUUGUGAUUCAGCUGCCUGAGAACUCUGAGUUUACUGUUGUUUAAUUAUAGACUUAAUAAUUUAUUCAUGGUGAACAAGUCUUCGAUAGUUGAUAUUUUUGUCAUUUGUUAAAGUUGAUGUGAAUACUUGUUAUAUGUGGUUUAUGCUACUGUUUUGAUUUCCUUCUAUAUUAAGCCAGUAUUCAGUAUCUUAAAAUUACU